AUGUCACUACUACAGACUCCUGGACUUCUCAAAGGCGGCUUCGAGGACCUCGUCGACACCGAAAUAAGAACAGGCGGGAUUACAGCUGGCGGCUGGAUAUUAAGUGACAUCAAUGUCCGGUUCUCAGCUGACAGCGCCGUGCCGGCGGAGGCUGUCGAAACCUUGCCAGACGCCUGCAUUGCUCUCGAGGCUCAGAAUGGGCUUGCCCUGCUGUUAGACGUGCCCAUCUGCGUUAAUGCUUUGGGUUUGGAUCUAAACGCGGAAGCAUCACUUUGUCUUGAUACGGGCGCUAUCAGCCUCGUCACAACUGGGCAAAGCAUCGUCAAUCGUUUCAAUGCCGCUGCCGUGUGUCCACGUGGCAGUACUUAUAGCACACCUGCUGGGUCAAAUUUUGUUGCCGCCUUCGCUGACCCAGGUCAGCUUUACAGCGUUAGUCAAACGAUUGGCAAUGUUCCCAUUGACCUUUGGAACUGA